AUGUCCGCUACGACUGGAGCCGUCGGGACGUCUCCCAGUGGGAUGCCAGUUUUGGCUUCGUCCCCACUGACUGGUUUCCCCCUCCCGCCCCCUCCCCCGGGUUACCUGGCGCUUGGGGAGGUUUCGCCGCCCCAUCGAGGACUGAGAAGCCCGCUGUUUGUCCCUUCGGCUUCCUAUCAUCCGACCCUUCGCAGUCCGACGGGGAAGCAGGCGGGGGCGCACGACUUCCGAGGCAGCGGGUGGCCGAGCAGCGUGCCUCUGAACCCACUCGCGCCCGCGUUCGAACCCCAGCAAUGUUUUCAGCAGCAGAUGCAGCUUCUCCAGCGCCUGCGAGCCGCAUCCACUGCUAGUGGGGCCACAACAUGCAGCGUGAAGAGCACAGACGGAGGGCCUUCGCUUCUCAGUUCGCCGUUGCUGCCGGACAACCGGGCUCCAGUGGGACGAGCUGUCUCCUCCGUUUUUCCCCCACAGCAGCACCCGGGCUCUCCCUUCCUUCGCUGGAGCAGCACCGGCCCUUCUGUGGCUCACAGCCGCCCCGUGGCUUCGCAUCCUCGACUGGCCCGCCCAGGGACGGGAGGACUCAGCGCAGAAGUCGCAGACGUUUUUUUUCCUGGAGGCAUGCUGCCGCGUGGCGCCCCGACUCCCGUCGCUCGCGAGUCUCCUGUGCCUUUUGGCCCAGGACCCGGCAGCGGAGGGGCUGGAUCGUGCUGGCUGGGCGGCAACCGCAGUGGAGCCCAGACUUCUGCCCGAGGCCUGGACGAGGGACUGGCAGAGGUCUUGGAUCCUGCUGAGGCAAACAAAAUGCUACUCCAGCUGGGUCGCCAACUCCGGCUCACACAUCUGCAGAUUCAGGUGGUGGUAAGAAAGGCAGGCUCGGCGGGGCUGCGCCUAAAUGACCUCCCCGCAGCCUUCCUGAAAGAACACAAUGCCGUGCUCGACAUCAGGAGCCUGGGCCUUCUUCAAAUACGGGAAGUGAUUGCAGGUAUGGGUCGUUCGCUCGUGCUUCAGACGCAAGAAGAGCCCCCCUUGACGGGUCGAGAGGCGAGCCCAGUCGCCCCAAGGACAGAGGGAGACGCCUGCACUGGAGCGACUUCGGCGUUGCCUUCUUCGUCUUCUGCACUUCCCUGUUCGAACGCCGUCGCCGCGCCCGAGAGUGCAGAGAGCGGGGCGGCCGAAUCGAAGUCCAUAGAAGGCGGAGGCCCUACUCAGGGGACAAGCUCAUCUGGGGAGACACGCGAGAGCAACGGUGCAGCACACAGCAAGACGACCAAGGCCAUCUAUUCGUCCUCCUCCCCCUCAUCCAAUGCACUGGCUUGGGACGACGAGUCGCGCCUGACCCUGAAACUGGGAAAGCCGCUGCCGCCAGUGAUGAAGGAACUGCUUCAGCACUUGCUGGUCUCGCUUGUCGCCGACGCUCUGCACCACCUGAGCCCGGCGCCUUUCGUCGCUGCGCGCCCGGCUUCCUUCAACUCCCACCGCGGGCUAGGCAACCCGUCGGAGUCCUCCGCGCAGACGCUGUCCCCGGCCACGACCAUAGGACCAGCGGGGAGCUCCCCUCGGCUGUUCCCCGCCUCGCAGUCUCCUGCGAUACUAUCUCCCAGCCCGCGAGACUGCAGCCAUAGCGGCUCGCCGGCGGUGCCCGCCUGCCGCUCUCACUCAGAAACCACGCAAGCCAUCACGGGGGGCGGCAAGGAGGAGGAGCCCCACCGGGGCCCGAAGGCAGCCGCUGUGGGGGCGCCGGAGUGCGAGGUCGGAGCUGGGGCAGGCAUAGUAGCCGGUUCCCCCCUCCUCAGCGGGGCAACAAGCAGAGGAAUUCCGCUCCAGUUGCUGCCGACCCUGUGGCAACUCAAAUAUGGGCUCCGCUGCAGUUUGUCCGCAAUGCUUGAGACGUGCGGCUACACGUCGCUCAAGGCCUUCAUUCUCGAAGAAUUGCCUUGCCUCCGUAUCUGCCCCCUUAGCUCCCAAGUAAUUCUCUGUCUGACACCGACGCCACCCGCGCCUCUCAAUCGCAAAGAUCCCAUCAACGUUACGCCUGUUCCAUCUGCGGGCAAGAAAGGCGACCCCAGCGGACACAACACGCCUGUCCCCCCGUCGGGGCACGAGCUGCCUGCGCAACCCAAUUCCACAGAGGCCAAAGGGGCCAACUGCCAUGAGGGCCUCGGGCCCCCCAACUUGGACGCGCAUCAGCAAGGCGCUACCACAAGCCCCCUUUCCUCAGUCAAAGCCAAUCGCUCCACACUCGACGCCGUUGCCGCGGCGGCUGCUGCAGUCCAGGCCUCGGGGGUGUCUCUUCCGACGCUUCUCGUAGCCCUCUCCUCUUCGUUCCGUCCUGCAGCCCGCGGGUUUGCGGCCGGCGCGCUGGCUGAGGCCGAAGGCGACUGUGGGGCGCGGCCCAUGACCAGUCUGCUGACUCAGCACAUGUUGCGCAGGUUCACGCGGCAAGAUGCACCAUCAGAGCCUACAGAAGAGAGAGAAAACGCCACAGCAUCCGCCGCCUCAGGUCUUGGAAGAAAGCGAUUCCAAGACACCCAGCUGUUCAGCCACCAGGGGAUUCAGACAGACGAGCGUUACCAACAGCUGCGAAGCGACGAGAGAAGGAGAACACCUCAGGUGCCCGCAGGGCAGCAUCACCGUUACUCAGACUCCCUGGUGGAAGCCCUGGCGAAGACAGCUGGAGAGAGCGCGGUCAAGAGCGUGCUGUCGCGCCUGCAUCCGCCCCCAGGACCCCACAGAUCCUCUGCGCUCAUGCCUCUCCCCGUCGUGUCUGGCGCCAAAGGAAAACCUAUGGGAUCGCACGCCGACACGUCACACUCCGCGAGUUUGGAAUUCUCCUCCGACAAGAGUGUGGGCAUGCUGCCAGCCCCAUGCGCGAAUUCCUCUCAGCUGCCGAUGGCGUUCGCGACCGCCACGUCGGGGGCCCGGGGGCUCGUGUCGCGUCUCCAUCUCCACCGGAUGCUAUACGAAGUCAUCGCGAUGGCAUGCGAAAAGAAGGGUCGUAGGUGGGCGCGAGGAGAGGAUUUGAUCGAGCUGGAGGAGGAGAUGCAGCAGUCUGAGGCAUCCGCGUGGAAGGGCCGAGGCCCGCGUCCUGCGGGGCUCGGGGAGGCGCGCGCAUGUCCGCUGGCGUCUCUAUCUGACGUUCAGACUAGCGGAGCCGAGAAGGGAAAUCCGGCAAAGGCUGCGUCGUUCUCGGCGUUUACGUUUUCUGCCUCUGCGGGAGCGCCCUCCAGGGAGUGCGAGGCUGCCGAAAGCGGCCGGCGGUCGAUGCCGCCUUCGCUGUCCGCAGAGUUCUGCGACGACAGGGACGGGGACGACGAGGAAGACAGCAGCUCCAGUGGCGAAGAAGACCUGGAAGACCGGGCUGGAUCCACGAACGGCUUCGUGGGCGCCUCGCUCGCGAGCGCGGGAGGCGACGCCAAGGACGUGGGGAAGACGGAAGGCGAUGAAAACGUGGAAGACGCGACGCACGGCGGACCCGAUGGGGCCAUGACCGAUGCCAGGCUGCUCAGGCGUCGCCUGAAGAAAAGGGAAAAGAAGGAGAAAAAGAGGAGAAAAAAAGAAAAGCUCAAGGCGCUCGAUGAACACGAGCUGAAGCAAAAACGCCUGCUGAGUCUUGUGGACCUGCUGCAGCUCCCCCCGUCUCCCUCCGCGACUUCGCCCGUCCCCCCGUUGGCACCGCUGGCGCCGUCUCCGGCAGGACGCGGAGACUCGCUCGUCACCCCCACGUCGCGUGUAUCUCUUCCGCAGACGCCAUCGCACUCUAAACAGACUGACUCAGCGCCUUCGUCCCCCUGCCCUCUGAGUCGCCGCGACGCCGACAGCCCUUCUCCCCCUGAAGACCCCAAGCAGGGUCCUCCAACUUCACCCCCCCCUUGCGCGUCAUCCGCCGCCGUCGCAGCAGCGCCCACGCCCCCCCCCGGCGAAACGGAGAGCGUCUCCGCAGCUGUGCUGGCGGACUCGAACCCUGCAGACCCGGUGGACUCGGCCAGCAAGGCGGCGGAGAGUUUGCUCCCGCCUCCCGAGUCUCCGCCGCCCUGUCCGAUAUCGCAGAUUCUUCUCUCGCUCUCUGACGAGGAAGUCGCGGCGGAACUACAGCAGUUCCACAAUCGCUCGGUCGGCGUGCUGGUCUCUGCGAUAAAAGGAGAAUGGGAGCGGCGCUUCGGGCCCCACACGCCUUCGCUGCAGGCGUACAUGGAACACUUUCGCGUGCGCCAGCUAAAGUCGCUUCUCCUUGAGGUGCCCAACUUGCUCAUUCUCGGUGCGGGGGGCAACAUGCGCGUCUCCACGCUCGAGCACGCCAUGAACUUCUGCAACCCUUUUCCGCCGCCGACGACAGUCUUCCUGUCACACACCGGCAGGAAGGUCACGCUGCCGCUGACCUUGACGGCCCCGAGCCCGCUGCCCUGCUUCCGCGCCCAUUCGUACACGCAUGAGGCGAGCAGCAACUGCGCGCUGACCCUCCACCGAGACGAGGCGGCAAGGGCUAAGGUAAACGACCGUGCCCGCAGUCUGCGGGGCCCGAAGCGCGAGAGUGGAGGCGAGCCCGAGGAGCCCAAAGGCCGCUGGAACACCGGGCUGGACCCCUCAGACCUGACGGGGUCGGGGGCCCCGCGAGAUGGAGAAGAAACAGAGGGCGAGCGCGGCGCGGGCAGGACGCUGAGCGGCGCAGCGCGAGGGGCACGUAGUGACCGCGGAGCAACCGAGAUGUCGAUGGACAAUGCAUGGCGAGUCCAGGGGGGUCGGGGAGAGGCGCAGAGCGUGGAGCACGGUGAGGCGCGGAGAGACGAAGGGGCAACGGGAGACGGGGGAAAGAACUCGACACAGAAUGUAGACUUCGCCUACAAACAGACGACAGGCGGGAGCGCAAUUGGAAACGGAUAUUCUAAGGCACCCCUGCAGCUGUCGCCCCGUUCUCGAAACGUCAUGACGACAGACAUUGAUGUCGCGCCUUCGGUAGCCCUGCCCUCUCUGUUGUCCUUCGGCGCGUCUCACCAAAUCCCCGCAAGCGAGGCGGCCGACGCUGCUUUCUGCAGAAGUGCACUCCGCCCGGCGCUGGGGCCCCGAAGCGAAGGCCAGCCGCUCGUCGCCCCACCCACGGUGCACGCAACCUCCACUCGCUUUUCAAAGCAUGAUGGGCACCACCGAGUGAGAGCAGAGACCGCGGAGACCCUCUGGAAGGCGGCUCUGAUGCGAAGGCACGCUGGCGACGGAACGUCCGGGUUCCCCUUGGGCCCUGCGAAACUCCAACCUGGCUAUCGAAAGUCGUCUCCCGGGCUCGUGUCUCUGUCCCGGUCCGCCACCGAGUCUAUUCAGGGCCCUGGUACAGCCCAUAACUCUUGCAGAGACCCCAUGCCGUCUUCUUCCCUGGCUCCGACGCCUCAAUCCCACACUGGUAGCUCUGCCCACUCCAUGUACUGUCUUUCCGGUACCCCAGGGCUGUGCUCAGCAGGGCCAGCAGACCCACGCAGAGGGCCCGCAUUUGCGUACAUGCUGAGCAAGAACGGGGAAUCUCCGGCGGCGCCUCCCUCGGGGCUGGGCGGGCCUGUCGGAGGGCCCUCGCUGAGUUCGCUUGCAAGCGCCUCCAAAGGGUUUUCCCCGGAAACGAUGGCGGGCAUGGAGAGACUUUUGGCGCGUUUCCUUCUUCUUGACCCCACAGCCACCACGGCCGCGGCUGCCGUGGCCGCUGCGCUCGCAGCGUCACCUCCGACUCAGGGCCUCUCCAGAGUCGCCGCCGCGGCGCGCCCGCCAGCGGGCCCCGGCAACGCAGUUUCGGCACUCUCCUGUCUCCUCACGCCCGCCGUAAAAACCGGACACUGGCUGAAGCGCGGGCCCGAGGGGAGCCAAAAAGAAAAAAUCCUGAGUCUAGGAUCAGAGAGCGGCGUAGGCGACGGCGAAGACUGGUGCAGAGGGGGAUUUCCCCACGCAUUAGACUCCAGAAAACCCGCCAUGCCUUCCUCGGUUGCUUCCUCCUUCGCGAGGCACCAGGCUCUGCCGGGUUGCCAAAGCCUAACCCGCGGCUCGCUUUCAUCCUUCGUCUAUCCUAGUCUCCAGCGCCUCUCGAAGGCGACGAGGGACUACGCGCCUCUCGAGGGCCCUGGGCCCGAGGAGGGCGCGGGGGUCCAAUUGCCCCGGCCCGCCAGCCUCCCGCCCCCAUCGCAGUUGCCCCCGGGGCUCGCUGGUCCGUCGGUGGCUGCCCCAGGCGCGGCUGCCCCGCCAGCCUACCGGAGCUCUGAGGCCGUUGCGAGAGCUCCAGAAGGCCACGAUAAGAGUGCUGGGCACCGUCUGAGUGGGCGUGACGGCCCACGCAUGCACUCCGGGGCCCUGCCUCGCGCGCAUGCCCCAGCUCCCCUGGGGGGGACGCGACUUGUGCCAGGGAAGCAGUCUCCGCGGCUCCGCCGGAGGCGCCACGAUCAAAUCGCCGCUUCCUUGUCUGCAUCGAGAUCGUCGUACGAAGUCCUGGCAGAGUCUGCGCACGCGGCAGCCGCGGGCGGCGCGUUCCCGCCUCCCGGCGACAAGAGGUCGGAAGUGCUUGCGAUGGACCAAGGCCCUGAAGGCACUGCAACCGCGGGCGGCAGCGAGGCGAAAAGACGGCCGCGGGCGAUAGAGGGGUUGAGGGAGGCAAGGCGGGCCGGAAAGAAAGCUGCGAAAACGCUGCAGACGAAACACUCAGUGCCGCCGCAAUCCCCAACUGCCCCCCACCCUGCCGCGCGCUUUGCUAAGCCAGCGCUUCGGCGCAGAGGGGGCGUCUUCGAACCAGAGACGCGGGCGCCGUCAGAUCGUCAAGGGCCUCCCGGCCUCUCGGGCAGCGAGCCGCUGCAUGGGAGAGGCAAAGGCGACCCAGACGGCCGCGAGGCAGGCGACGACUCAAAACGAAAGAGGGAGAGUUCAGCGUGCUUUUUGGGCCAUGGCAACGAAGGCGAUGCAGGCCUUCCAAAAGCGUUGGAUGCGCACAAUCGAGAGAAGGGGGAUGUCGCUGCAAACGGGGGGCAGGCCGCUGCCGCAUCCAUCGCCCCGCUACCCUGGAGCGACGCCAGGAGCCCCUCCGUCCAGGCUCCAACGAACAAGAAACGAUACACGCCGCGCAGCUUGCGGCCGCUGCGGAAGCACAAGAAGCUGUCUCGCACGUUUCAACCGCUUGACGCCUCUUCUCCUUCCUGCUCGCCGUCCCGCCCCUGGGCUUCCUCGUCGUCUGACAAGAGGCUCGACGACGCAUCGACCUGCACCUCACGUGCGCAGCCCGCUUGUGAACCCGCUAGCUGCGAGGCCGCAGAGAGACAGGGGAGGACGGCGGAGACUGCGAUUUGCAACGGAAGUCGCGAAGUGCCAGCGCCGACGGAUGUGCACGUGCGUGGGGUCGGUUCGAGCCUCGAGAGCCAGGUGGGCAACGAGGACGGCGACGACGGCAAAAACGCAACGACCACGGAGCACACAUUGGCAGAGAGGACAGUCGGGGGCGCGGAUGCGGGAAGGGAAGCCCCCCCAGGCUCAGGAAGAAAGGAGCCCAGCGGGGACGAACACGCGCGGCCCAGGCUUGGAGAAGAGACGCCAGACGAUGUCGAGCGGCGCACGAUGCGGGGGGCAGACGAAACACGCCCGGGGGGACUUGGAGGCCAUCGAGCCGGCCUCCGCACGCACAAGCUCAAAGUGAAUCUGCCGUGGACGCGCCUCCAUCCGCGCCGAAAGACCGACCGCCCCUCCCCGCGAUCUGGGCGACGCAGGGCGCACGACGGAAAAACAGAAGCCACGGAGACAGACGCCGACGCCGUGGGGAACAAGGCGCCCGUGCUGGGGCUGCCUCCUGCGUCGCCUCUCAGCCCCGCCAAAACGAGGCGCUCGCCAGAGCCGAACACGUCUUCUUUCCUCGCGUCUUCGAGUACAUUCAGGGCGCUUUCUUCCUCUUGUUCUCCGCUCUGUGAAAGAAGCCCUGGCGCAGCUGCUCAGUUUGUCGCUGGGGACGCUCGCGCGCAGACGAUGACGCCCGCCGGCAAAGAUGAGUGGACGGGGCGGCUGAACCGCGAAAACCGCCCUGGUCUGUCAGCUUUGAACAAGCUGAGGCGGGAGCCCCGGGGGCGGAUCUCUCCACGUGGCCCAGGGGACAGAGAGAGAGGGCAAGAGGAGACGAAAUCAGCGGGGCUGACGAGACCGGCUUCGCACGCCGGCGGGCCGCCGAAGGACGGGAGGCUGUUGGCGGCUCAGGCGCAGGGAAAAGGGAAAAGCCGCAGGAAGCAUCGAAGCGUAGAGCACCCUGGAGCCGUGGACUAUACGGCGGCCUCUAAAAAGGCCUCGCCUGCGCAGAGAGCGACUGAGAGCAACACCGGGACGCCGCAGUGGAAGCCCAAGGCGUCGGGCAGCUAG